AUGAGUGCUACAGCUACAGAGGUUUUGGUGAGCAAGAGCCAAGUGCUCUCCACUGGCUAUGCCACCCUGGCCAUCGCUUCGGUCUUCACAGCAGCUCGAUUUGUUCUUCGCUGCACGCACAGAUGGGGGGAGUUCCAGAUUGAAGAUGGAUUCUGUAUAUUGUCAUGGGCCUCUUUCCUCACCAUGGUCGUGUUAUACUCGGUUGUCGCGCCCUCGUUGUAUCGAGUCGACAACGCUAUUUCAACGGGUCAGCUGUACGCAUCCAUCGAGAAAGACGCGUUGUUCAUAGUCGAGAUUUUCUUUGCAAAUACCAUGGUCUUUUGGAUUGUGCUUUGGUCGGUAAAAUUGAGCUUGUUGUUUCUGUAUCGACGACUUUUUACCGGUCUGCCAGACCAGAUGAGAUGGUGGUGGGGGGUGUUGAUUCUUACGCUUGUGAUGUUUGUCGGAUGCCUUAUCACGAACUUCGUCUCCUGUCAGAGUAUGCACGCAUGGUUCACCCCUGGAGAAUGCUCCACUCAUCGCGAUGAUGUCGCUCAAGUCGCCAGUCUAUACUUUUCCUUCGCCGUCGACGUGCUUACCGAUAUUAUGAUCAUGCUGCUCCCCUGGAAGCUGAUUUGGCUGCUUCGUUUGCCCACCCAGGAAAAACUCGGUCUGGGUGCCGUGUUCUGCGUUGGGAUUGUCUGCAUUAUAAUGGCCAUUGUACGCACAGUACAAGUUGGGCUAGAGUCCAGAAGCGACACGACACCGUCUAGUUCGUGGUUAAUGUUUUGGGGUGAGAUUGAAGGUGCAAUUGCUGUCGUCGUCGGCACACUGCCUUCAUUUGCUAUCUUCUUCCGUCGUCGACAGCAGACCAGACGCUAUGCAAACUAUCCAGACUACGCAACCCCGGGAAGUAAAAGUCGAAAGCCUCCAUCUCAGGGAGUUCCAUUAAGCGAUCGGUCAGGGAGCGAUCGCCCGAUAUACAGCCAUUCAAACGGCAUGGAGUUGAAUGGUAUCAGCGUUACCCGGACGUUGCAAAUAUGUAUAAUUCAAUACCCACGACGAAGCGCUCUUGGAGUGCACGAGCUGUUCGCGACUCUGCGAUUCGCUGUGCGCGUGGCUCCACAAUGGCCAGAGUUUCAACAUCAAAGAGGUGGACAAUUGGCAGUGGAUAUGGAUUCUACUUCAAUGUCAUUAUCUGACUCGCCUGUGCACAUGAACGAAUCUAUAACAAGGGUCUCGGUCAAAACACCUCCUAAGCCAAACAAGAAACAAACCAAAAAGCACAAAAUCCAUCUCAAAGCAAGUACAUCAUCAAAGCGUCGACGAACUUCUUCUCGUUCUCCUCUUCCCUCAUCACCAUCGCUCUCGUCUCGCAAAAGUGAUAUCACGAAUACAGAAGAGCACGUCGAAUUAGGACUAUCCACCGUCGAACACUCAGACGAACUGCAGUCAGCCAUUAACACCAUCCAAACCCAUCUAAACUGCCUCCACACCCUCCGCACACAAAACUCGCAACCCCAGCAAGAAAGAGAACAGCUCAAGCAGAAAGUCGACGAUAAAGACGCGUGUAUCUGGGAAAUGAAAGAGUACAACGAGAACUUACAGGCGCGUGUGAACGAAUUGGAGUCUCAAUGUGACGCGUUGCGGGAUAAACUGUGCAAGAUUAGGCGAUUGUCGGGGGCGGAUGUUUCGAGGGAGAAGGAUGAGUCUGAAUGA